AGAGCUCACACUCCGCCGGUAUCAGCAUGAGGCAACACUGCACCUCCUCUCCACAGCAGCCCAAUACACCUCCACAGUACAGUGAGUGGAUCAGGGUGUGUGAGGAGAGUUCUGGGUGGGAGGGCAGGAGCUGCUAAUCUCUUCUUUGCUCCCAGCCCUUUCUUCUCCAGAGAUUCGCCUCUACUCGUUUCAUCUGUGUGGUGGCAAACAGCCAUGGAAUCAAAUACAUCGAUUUAAACUUGGUAGACUCCUCAUCUGACACAGCGGGGGAGGUGUAAGGCUACAAGCAGCACAACUACUUACACUAUGGGCUAGGGUAGAGCACACCCUCGCCAGUUCUUGCCCUGCUGGGGAUCACCAUGGUUGUAUUAGCUGCUGUUUGCGCAGAUCAUGGAUUUAUAGUACCAAUAUAUAGUAGAGGAACCACUUGUUGCUCCUAAAUCUCUUGCAUGCUGGACCAGUCUAGAUACUGUCUCCCUUAUUUGUUCCUGAUUUUCUCUUUUGGUAUUUAAAAAAGGGUUGGCCUCAUGCCAUUUUAACCUUUGCAUCACCAAGAGGGAGGAGGAUGCUUCUCAGCUGUAGGUUGCUAUGUCGACGUUUGGCUACUGCUUGUUGUAUCCUUUGGAUCCUCACGUUCGUCCCAACUUCCACUCAGGUCCAAAGGCCCCCAUAUCACAGAGGAUACAUCCCCAGAUUUGGCCCUGAGCACAGUCAACCUGCCAGUUCCAGCAAUGAGUGGAGUUCAUGGCACAGCUGGUCUCCAUGCUCUCGAACAUGUGGUGGGGGCGCUGCAGUGCGCAGCAGGCAGUGUCUCAUCAG